CAUCCUAAAAUGUUGCAAGUUUUCCACUCGUGGUUAAAUUCGCAGAGGACAUCGCUCGACGUAGUACUGCGGUAUCGAGACAUGUAGCCAGUUUCACCACACGAGCCCUUGCAAUCGGUCCAUCUAAAAUAAUAAUAAUAAUAAAGUCAGAUCCAUCAUCGUAUCAUAUCGUCUAAAAGUAAAGUAUAAGAAAAAUUAUGCAAAAUGUCACUAGAGGUAGAUUCUCAUAAUUAUGAUCCAGAAAAUCUUAGUCACUUAACUAAAGAGGAACUUAUUAGUAUAAUUUUAGACCUCAAAGAUCAGAAUGUUAAACGCAAGAAGCUGACUAGAAAAACGAAACCUAAAAGAAAUAUUGAUUUCUCAAAAUAUCAUAAAAGGCAUGUGGUCUUUAAAUUAUUAUACUUAGGGUGGGACUAUCAUGGAUUUGCCACUCAAGAAAAUUCAGAAAAGACUAUUGAACAUGAAUUAUUUCGUGCACUUACCAUGUGUUGUUUAAUAGAAAGUCGUCAAACCUCAAAUUACCACCGUUGUGGAAGAACUGAUAAAGGUGUUAGCUCUUUUAGCCAGGCGAUUUCUUUGACUGUAAGAAGUAGUGGUGAUGAUAGUAACGAAUUACCCUAUUGUAAGAUGCUCAAUAGAAUAUUACCAAAAGAUAUAAGGAUAGUGGCUUGGAGUCCAGUCAAAGAAGAUUUCAGUGCUCGGUUUGAUUGUGGCUCUAGAACAUAUAAAUACUGGUUUCCUCGAGGUGAUCUUGAUGUAGAUUUGAUGAAUCAAGGUCUACAGCAUGUAAUUGGAACACACGAUUUUCGUAACCUGUGCAAAAUGGAUGUUGCGAAUGGUGUUGUACAAUUUUAUAGAAGGAUCACAAGUGCUGAUAUUAAAAUAUGCGCUGAAAAUAAUCAAUUUUCAACAAAUAGAGAUUAUGAUAUGUGUGAACUUACCAUUGUGGGUAAGGCAUUUCUUUGGCAUCAAAUUCGAUGUAUAGUAUCAGUACUCAUAUUAGUUGGAUCUCGUAAAGAAAAUGAAAAUAUAUUUAAAGACUUAUUGGAUGUUGAAAAUUGUCCAAGGAAACCUCAAUAUUGUUUAGCCAGUGACUUACCAUUAAAUUUAUUUGAUUGUCAAUUUGAAAAUGUCAAUUGGGUUAUUGAAGAUGAGUCUAUAUCCGAAGUCAUUACUAGUCUACAAUGUUCAUGGGCUACACAUAUGAUCAAAGCUACAAUGUUGGGAGAAAUGUUAAAAAACACUGAAACCUUAGUAGAAAACAAGAUUAACAAUCAAAGCAAAUGGUUAAUACAAGGUGUCCAUUCUAAAAUUUAUCAACCACUCCUGAAGAGACCGGCUAGUGCGAGUUUAGAAAAUCGGAUUCAAUACUACACAAAAAAGGGGAAGCUUAAAUUAGAAUGCAAUGAAAAAUAACAUUUUUGGUUUACAUUUUUUGUAAUAUUACAAUAUAAUAUAAUUUCAAAACCUA